UCCAUUUCGCUUAUCAAUGCCAUUCAGAAAAGGUAACUGUCUAAUCUUUGCUUUUAUUUAGAAUUUUCCGCAAGUAUGGUCACCGGAAGUCGCUUCAUUUUUGCGCAGAGAGCACGUGUAAUAAAACCGUAUAUGUUAUGAUACGGAGCCCGCUGCCACUGAUGCUUGCUGCUUAACGUUGAUCCGAGGAUUGAGUACACGGAGUAUACAGUUCUGUAGUACAGACCGUGUAUAACGUUUCGCAUGUGUUGCUACUCUGUAGACAUUUCACCGGUUGACUAGCCUACAACUAGCUUGCAAAAAUGGCCAAGGUUGACCUAGGAUUGCCUUUUCCAAGUGAAACUCCAACUCAAGAUAUCCUGACAAAUGGUACGAUUACCGACUCCUCGAACGCCACCGUUGGCAAGUCUGUCUCCACACCUGAAGGAUCUGCGCUGGCGUAUGGUAGCCUGCUUUCCAUGGCUCUGUUCCCCAUCUUCUUCGGUGCCCUGCGAUCCGUCAGCUGCGCAAAGAGCAAGAAUUCCUCAGAUAUGCCGGAAACCAUCACCAGCCGGGAUGCGGCCCGGUUCCCUCUCAUUGCCAGCUGUGCCCUCUUUGGGCUGUACCUCUUCUUCAAAAUAUUUUCUCAAGAAUAUAUUAAUAUGUUGCUGUCAAUAUACUUCUUCAUGUUGGGGAUUUUGGCUUUAUCCCACACUAUGAGUCCGUUCAUGAACCAGGCUUUUCCAGACACCUUCCCCAACAAGCAGUACCAGCUUCUGUUCACCCAGAGUACAGAGGAGAGCAGAGAGGAAAUCAUCAAUUAUGAGUUUGACACCAGAGACCUCCUCUGCAUCUGUAUCAGCACAGUAAUAGGGGUGUGGUACAUACUAAAGAAGCACUGGAUCGCUAAUAAUCUGUUUGGCCUGGCGUUUGCUCUGAACGGCGUCGAGCUGCUUCACCUCAACAACGUCUGCACCGGCUGCAUCCUGCUGGUGGGGCUGUUCGUCUAUGACGUCUUCUGGGUUUUUGGGACCAAUGUCAUGGUAACUGUGGCAAAGUCAUUUGAAGCGCCAGUCAAAUUGGUGUUCCCUCAGGACCUGCUGGAACAUGGACUGGAUGCCAGUAACUUUGCCAUGCUGGGUUUGGGAGAUAUUGUCAUCCCAGGUAUCUUUAUAGCAUUACUUCUGCGCUUUGAUGUCAGCUUAAAGAAUAACACACGGACCUAUUUCUACACCAGUUUCCUGGCUUACGUCUUUGGCCUGGGGCUGACCAUAUUCGUCAUGCACACCUUCAGACACGCACAGCCUGCACUUCUGUACCUGGUCCCAGCAUGCAUUGGGUUCCCUGUGGCAGUAGCCCUUGUGAAAGGGGAAUUAACAGAAAUGUUAAGCUAUGAGUCUUCAGCGGAGGUUCUGCCUCACACCCCUCGGCUGACCCACUUCCCCUCCGUUUCGGGCUCGCCCGCCACCAUCGCCAACUCCAUGCAGGCCUCGCCCUGUCGCCCGCGCCACGCGCCCCCGUGCAUGUAGGGGCUCCGCCUCUCACCGGACAGCUGUGAUGAAUCUCUAGCCAAGGUGGACACUCCACCUGCAGAAGAGGUAGACUCAGAGAAAAAAAGAUUCAUAAUGAACACAUUUCCCAUUUCUUUUACACAUGCCUGAGCUGCACUCUUACCACAGGGUGGCGCUCUUAAUCCCCUUUGCGUAUGGAAGUGUUUAAUACAGCGCUACUGGACUUCACGUCCUGCGGGCCACAGUGUCUGCAGGUAUUUGCUCAUACCGUGGCCCACAGGACGUGGAGUUGAGUAGCGCUGGUAUAAUAUAUUAAGUGACUGUAUGACUGGAUGUUUCUAGGUGUUAUGUUUGUAGGAUUUUAUUUAAAGGGUAAAAAGUUUGAUGGUUUCCAACUCCAUUUGCAUAGACUGUAUUAGAAUUCAUAUAAGAGACAGGAGUUCAAUUUCUGUACUGGGAGUGAAAUUAAGCAAAAAGCAUUGAAGAAGACUGUAUUGCUGAAAAGGAUUCUCUGUAUGCAUUUGUGCAGAAUUCAGACUUGUAUGUGUUACAUUUUUUUAAACAAGAGUAUCUUUGACAGAUCUUUUAGUCAUUGCUGUAUUUAGUCCUAACAGUGGUAAGCUUCUAACUGAUGUUAGCUGCUGAGGGUGUUUUUAUGAUUGAACUACACCAGUGUAAUUAAUGUACUCACAAGGUUAAGCCAAUACAGCUAGUUAAAGUGCACAAGAGCUGAGCUAGCUUAUGUUGCUCAUGCUUCCCGAAGGUUUAUCUCAGAUUAUCAAGGGCAGGUUUCUUUAUUGCCUAUUAACUCUAGCACGCAACUGAGAACGUGCUGAUCAGUACACCAAUUAUGCAGUCUUUUAAAACCUCACAUUUUAAGUUGGAUUUAAUGGUUUGUAUGUAGUAGUUCCCAGGUAACUGUAAUGCAAGCUCGGGAGUUCUAUUUAGGAUGCUAAAUCUAGUUCUCUUGGUACUCUUGGUUAUAAAGUGUUACAUAUGUAUGCAAUUUCUCAUACACUUUAAUCUUUCAAAACGAUCGUUCAUCAGGAUGACUUUAUAUCUAAAUUCUUAGGUGGGCAUUAGCAAAACAUUAACAAAACUUGAAACCACUAGUUUUGUUUUUCAAAGAAAUUGAAAUUG